AUGUCGUUCCCUGGAAGCAAAGGUAUUAAAUUCAACACCACGACGGACAUACCUCCCCUUCUGGGGAAGGUCAUACUUGUCACCGGAGGGAGCAGCGGCCUUGGGAGGCAAUCCGUGAUCGAACUCGCCCAGAAAAAGCCCUCACUUAUCUGGCUCGCCGCCCGCAGCUUGGAAAGGGCCCGAACGGCCGCCGAAGAGGUCCAGACGGUCGUGCCUAACAUCCCAAUCAAGCCGUUGGCGCUCGAUCUGGCUUCUUGUCAGUCUGUGGAGGCAGCAGCUCAAACUUUUUGCGACUCAUGCGGCCGUCUAGACAUCCUCCUCCUGAACGCCGGCACGAUGUCCUACACACCAGGCAUGACCGAGGACGGCUACGAAGUCCAUUUUGGUACAAACUACGUAGGGCACGCACUCUUGACAAAACUGCUUCUACCCACGGUGUUGAACACGGCCGAGACCGAUCCUAAUUCGGACGUUCGAAGCAUCUUUGUUUCUUCGGCGGUACAUAAGCAAGCACCUCUCGGCGGUAUCCAAUUCAAAAGCCUCAAAUCCAAGGCUACCAACCUAGAUGCAAUGGCGAGAUACGGACAAAGCAAGUUAGCAGGCAUACUUUUCGGGAAGGAGCUGGCACGACGGUAUCCGCAGGUGAAAGUGGCCUCGGUACACCCGGGAGCAGUGAGGACGCCUCUUAGCGAUUCUGUCAGUAGCAAGAGCUUCUUGCUCCGCUGUCUGAUGACUGUAGGAAGGCUGUUCAUGUCUAGUGUCGAGGACGGAGUAAAGAAUCAGCUAUGGGCUGCUACCUCCGACGUCGUCAUUAGUGGCGAAUAUUACGAACCGAUCGGGGUGUCUGGCAAGGCAGGAAAGUAUGUGAAGGAUGAAGUGCUGGCGAAUAAGCUUUGGGAGUGGACGGAAAAAGAGAUGGAGGGUUAUAGAAUGCAACUAGAUGAGGCCUAA